AUGGCAGACCGCAGCCGCACCUUCGCACUGGCGAGCGGCUACUUCCCUCUUGCUCUUGCGAACCCUCAGCAGAACAUUCCACUGUUCCGGACCCCGUCGCUAGAGCGCGUCUACUGCAUCCCUGGUGCCUCCUGCCCCAUGCAAACCAACACCCACCCUUGCGGUUUGCUUGGUAACACGUGCGUGAACGGCAACUACACGUUCUCUAUCUUGGCGCUUGAAUCGGAGUUCAUCUUCGCGAAGGCCGGGCGCUGGGAUGCACGGGUGCUACCCCAGCGCUCCCACGGUGAAGAGCUCUGCGAGGAGGCCGCCGGCUGCGCUGAGGGCGUGGUGGGGCGGUUGACCGGGGCUGCCUUCAGCAACCACUACUCCUCCAUGCCACUCUUCUCGGUGCAGCUGUACGCCGACAUCAGCGGCGUAGUCGACGUCACGAUUCAGUGUGCAAGCUGUGCGCCGGGCGACCCGAUGCUCGCCCACCCCCCAAUGCGCGUUGGGCUUGUCCGCCACGGUGUGGACGACGCAUCGUCGGUGAUGGUCCCGCAGGGCCUCCUGCGCAGCGGGCUGCACGUCCGCUUUGUGCCGAAGUCGAGUUGCGUCGACUGCGGAGUGAACGGGUGGUGUGACGAGUCUUCGGGAACGUGCCACUGCCAGCCGGGGUACUACGGCAAGAGCUGCGCGGCGUGCCCUGCGUGCUGGGCGGGCAGCGAGUGCGACGACGGGAGCACCGGCAGCGGGACGUGCCUGUGCAAGGGAGAGGCGUGCGAGGCGGCGUGCGCAGGCACCAGCGGCGGGAGCAUGGCGUCAAGGAGCUGCGCCGGGUGUGAUGCUGUUGGUGGGCGGUGCAACUGCGGCGUGUGCGAAUGCCAGGGUGGGUGGGGCGGCGCGGACUGCAACGUGGCUCCUGCUGACGCGUGCCGUGCGUACUCGUUCGACGGGUGCAAGGUGUGCGGGCAGCACGAGGGGUGCGUGUUUUGCCAUGACUCGACGUGCUUCAAUCCUGCGCUGAGUGGGACGCCUGGCGGGUACACGUGCUCGUACAGCACCCCCGCCGCGGACACGCAGGCAUGUGUGACCUACAGGAGCCGGGGUCUCAGGGCCCAUGUGAACAUUAACUUUGACUUCAUUGCAGUCAUUGGUGUAGCCUUCGCCGUAGUUGUGCCUUUUUUACUGCUCAGCUUGUUGGUCUUCAUUCGCCGAAGUGGUAGAGCAGUGAAUCCAAUGGAGACAUUUGCGGUGACGGGUUCACCUGAAUUGCGUAGUCUGCGGCGAGAGCGGGAGGUGGUCCAGGUCGCCUUCACACGAGUACGGUCUUUGGAGAGGGAGCUCAUGGGGAUUCCCCUGAGGCAGGUAUCCCUCCAGCGGCUGUUCAAGCGUCGAAAGGAAAAAUUGAUGAGCGAGCAGUAG